AUAAUCUUUAUCCCAUUUCCCACAUUCCAAGCAUGUCCUUCCGCCGCCUCGCCGCCGCUCUAAACUCCAUCGCCGCCGUUUCACUCUCUCCUCCUCAAUCUAAACCCAUAUUUCAUAGAACAAUCCAAUCUCAACUACUAAACCCUAAUCACUCCCUUUUCAUCUCCCAAUUCUCCACCUCUUUCCUCGUAACCAAAACCCCAAAACAGUUUCGUAAGAAACGCAAGAAAAAAGACAGUCCAAGAACCAAAUCCGUCCAACACGAUUCACAUAAAAUCCCCCAUUUCGAAUCUAUAGUUAACCAAGACGCCGCCCUCCGAUUCAUCAUUCGUACAAAAGAUUACCUUUCCAAGCAACCAGAACACAUCCUCCGUCUAGAUGAUGCCAGAAAGCUCUAUCAUGAACUGGGUUUCUCUCGAGGAAGGAAUAUUCUCCGAUUCAUCAAUGCCCACCCACUUCUUCUCGAAACUUAUCGUCAUCAGGACGAGAAAAUGUGGUUUGGGUUCACUGAUUUAAUGGAAUCGUUAAUCCAGGAGGAGGCAGAGAUCAUGGACGCAAUGGAGGCCGACCGUGUGAAUACUGUCCGGAAGCUUUUGAUGAUUUCGGCUAAUAAAUCAAUCCCUUUAAGUAAACUGUAUCAUCGCAGAUCGCUUUUUGGUAUACCUGAAGAUUUCAGAGACCGUGUUGCUAAGUAUCCAAAUUAUUUCAGAAUCAAGGUUGAAGAUGAUGGUAAGAGGAUUCUUGAGCUGGUUAAUUGGGAUCCAUUGCUUGCAGUGAGUGCAAUUGAGAAAGAAUUCAUGGUGGAUGAAGAUCGGGUAAAGAGUGCUUUUAAUUUUCCUAUAAAACGCAGGAAACUAUUGGAUUUACAUAAGGAUGAUUCAAAGAAGCUGGAUUUAGCAAUCUCGUUGCCUUUAGUAUCUCCUUACUCUAAUGGGUCGAAGUUGGAUAAUUGGACUGUGGAAGCAGAGAAAUAUAGGGUUGGAAUCUUGCAUGAGUUCUUAAGCUUGACUUUGGAGAAGAAGGCUUCGAUUCAUCACAUAAUUGAAUUCAAAGAAGAGCUGAGCUUAAAUAAGAACACAUAUGAUAUGCUUCUGAAGCAGACUAGAAGCUUUUACUUAGCUGGGACAGAGAUGAAUUGGGUUGUGUUUCUAAGAGAUGCUUAUGAUGAAAAUGGAGACUUGAUUCAUAAAGAUCCUCAGGUUCUUUUAAAUAGGAAAUUGUAUGAUUAUGCAAAUGUGAAAGAUUUGAAAGAGGCUGAAUGUGGGUUUGAAAAUGCUGCUACAGAUUGAGACUUUGAUAUCAAAGUGAGUGGAUUAACUCUUUUUUUAACUUAAUUUUGUUCUAAAAUGCAUGAAAACCUGUUUAUAUAUCUGUAGGAUUGAUUGUUAUGUUGUAUUUGAUGCAUUUCUAUGGGUUAGUAUGAACUUUAUAUUUACUGCACUUUUGUACUUGCUUUAUGCAUUUGUAUUGGAUGUUCAUUAGUUAUGUCCUCAAAUGAUUGAUAUCUUGA